ACUGUUUUCGAGAUAGAGGGCGUAGAGCGUGCGGUCAAAGAAUUAUCUGAGGUCAACUGGUAGUCUCGAUCAAAAACUCGUAAUAUUAUUAUGGUUAAAUUUUAUUGCUAAACAUAUAAUUAUCAUUUUUACUAACUUAUUUAUUUUUAGGAUGCCAAAACACAAGUUUUUACGUGGUAAAUAUACUGGGUAUGUCGAGUUUCCGAGAUCACCAAAUUUGGCCUAAAAUUAUAACUACACGUACCUACAAGCUGUGUAACAAGCUGUGAGACCAUAAUUUCUGUCAAAUAGACAGCUGUACAAAUUUGACAUAUGAUAAUGUUAUUAAUCGAAGAUCCCACAUGUUUCGUAUGAUUGUGGAAAAUAAGAUUUGUAAUGGAGUCUUGAGUAAAAUUUGUUAAUUAGUUGAGAAAAGUUCCUUGUGAAGAGUAAAUACUAAGUAUGACAUCACAGCGAAAAGAUUAUGUUUUCGAACCUUUUAAGGUAACCGAAGUGAAGUGUCGAGGUUUUGAUUUUCCUAGGCCUAGAAGUGGACACAGAAUUGCCUGCGACGAUGUGAAUUUAUACUGUUUCGGAGGCUAUAAUCCGUUUUUACCUUUAGCAAACAUAGACCUUGUGAAUCCUACUUGGACAUCAGCAAGACCUUUGUUUAAAGAGCUUUGGAGUUUUUCUAUUGCCACUCGAAAGUGGAAGUUACACAAGGGAUAUGUAAACAUGCCCGACGAAUUGGCUUCUAAUGCUAUGUGUAUUAAUGGGCGGUAUUUAAUGAUUUUUGGUGGCACAGGUGCACCAUUUGGCAACAGAUGUAGUAAUGAUGUCAUUGUAUGGAGGACUGGGUCAAAAGAAGCUAAGUUACAAAUUCUAGAUGUAACAGGAAACAGACCGCCUGGACAGUAUGGCCAAUCUGUUUUAUGCCAUGAUGGUGGAUUUUAUGCUAUAGGAGGCACCAACGGUUUUGCAUAUAACUGUGAUAUUUUCAGAUUAGAUUUAAGGACAUUAGUUUGGGAACCAAUAUUUGUAGGAACUGGCCAAGAAGGUGAACCAUUAGGACGAUAUAGACAUGAAAUAGCUCAAGUUGGUGAUAAUUUCUAUGUCAUUGGAGGAGGAACAGGAGAUUUGGCUUUUGAAUUAAUGGAAAUACCAGUUUUUAAUCUCACUACAAAAUCAUGGACAAUAUUAUCGGCCAAACCUGAUGAUAGUAUGACAAAUACAAUAGCACCUUUACCGAGAAAAUGUCAUAGUGCUGUUCAAAUAGAUUCACCAAAUGGUGUUCAAGUGUUUGUAGCAGGUGGUUCAGAUGGUCAAGCGGUUUUUGAAGAUAUCUGGAGGUUAGACAUUGCUGAUCUGCAAUGGACCCUUAUGAAAAAAACUCAGUUACCUCAUCCUUUGUACUUCCAUUCAUCAACAGUCACGUCCUCUGGUUGCAUGUAUAUAUUUGGUGGGAUUGAGCCUAAAGAAGAUGCAAACUGUAGAAAUAAUAUUUUGUAUAAAGUAUGGUUAUGUAUACCAAAACUCAGUGAAAUUUGUUGGGAAGCACUAACUUCAUUCCAUCCUAAUCUAGACCAAGUUGACAGAAAUACAUUACUAAACACUGGUGUACCAUUACACUUUGUAAAUAGAUUACAUCCAGACUGGAAAUAAUUGUCGAAAAUGGAGGAAAGAGGCAGACUGCAGUAGUUACUUUUCUUCUAAAGCAAUAAUUUUUAUCAUUACUAUAUAGGAAACAGCAUUACCUAAAAAUGGUAGUAAAUCAACCAUAAAUUUAACAAUAAUGUUUAUUUUUCAAACUUUAAAUUAUCUUUAUGUAGAACGACUUGAAUGAACGAACGGACUGACUUGAAGAUUUGUAAAAGCAAUUUUGUGUUUUUGUGAUGUGUUAAUGUGAAUUACGGAUUAUAAAAUGUAUAUUUAUUAAAUUUGUUUGCAUUUUAACAAA